GCGAAGCAGCUGCUCCUUGCUAUAGGGUCUUACAUUUGUUUGAUAUGGUUAGUGUUAUCCUUCUGUUGCUGCUUGGAUUUGGGACUGUGGGAGCGAUUCCAAAGUAUAUCCUCUGUGACACUCCACAGCUGAAUGUGUUUUAUAUACUAUGCGAUGAAAGUGACCACCCGGUGUUAACAAUGGAUCCCUGUAUUUACAGAAAGAAUCAACUCUUUAAUAUGUCUGCGACAAUGAUCCCAAGUGGCGAAUCAGCAGCCAGAAACACAGCCUUCAACUUGUAUGACCUCUCAGGCAAUGAACUCAGCAAGAAAGAUAUCCUGAUCUGCAGGACUAAUGGCAGAGGAGCAGACUUGGACAAUGUACAUGCUAAGAUAGAAAUCUGGCAGGACUCGAACAAAGUCUCAGACCAGAGAUAUGACUUAUGUUCUGGAGUUGAUGAUGAAUUUGAUUUCUGUGGAAGUGUAAAAGGAGAAACAGUGGAUAUGAGAGUCUAUGGAAAAAGUAUUGGUAAAAUGUCAUUUCUGAAGGGCAUAUAUGUUAUAAAAGUGCACUUAUUUGCGGGCCAGCAAGAAGAGAUGUUCUUUUGUAUGGAAUUCACAAUGAGUAUUAAAAGUAACCCAUAAUCUGCACAUUAAAACGGUCUCUGAACACUACUGCAUGGGCAACAUCCAGUAAGGAAGAUUCUGAUUAACAACCUGACUUUCCCUUUAGACGUAUUGCAGCUUUAAAGCUAAUGACUAUCUUGCCAGAAUCAUGCAGGUACUUAUCCAUCAUGCAUUACCAUCAGGGAGGCAUCUGGCUCCAAAUUUAUUCUGCAACAGGACAACGACCCCAUACAGCUAAUGGUAUUAAGAACUAUCUUCAGUGUAAAGAAGAACAAGGAGUCCUGGAAGUGAUGAUAUGGACCCCUAGAGCCCUGAUUUUAACAUCAUCGAGUCUGUCUUGUAUUACAUAAAGAUAUGGAAAAAACUGAGCAAGCCUACAUCAACAGAAUCUGUGGUUAGUUCUCCAAGAUGUUUGGAACAACAUUCCUGACGAGUUCCUUCAAAAACUGUGUGCAAGUGUACCUAGAACAAUUGAUGUUGUUUUGAAGGCAAACGAUGGUCACACCAAAUAUUGAUUUAAUUUAGAUUUCUCUUCUGUUCAUUCACUUUGCAUGUUGUUAAUUGAUAAAAACAAACUAUUAACA